AUGAAGAGGAUCAGGUUACUGCUGGUCUUCACGACGCUCCUUUUACAGGAUGCAAUAUGCGAGCCACCGAUAGAUUCAGCCUCGCUCCCCUUAGAACACCGAGGUGGAGCGUAUGGCCCACCUCUUCCUGCUUCGCAUACAGAUGAUCCCUGGCCCCUCGCAACACCAGAUAGUCCAAAAAUAAAGCAUCUACAAGUGCAAUGUGAAAAAACUCACAUGAGAGUUAAUAUCGAAUUUGAUCGACCUUUCUACGGUAUGAUAUUCUCAAAGGGAUUUUACAGUGAUCCUCACUGCAUGCACUUGAAACCAGGAACGGGACAUUUGAGCGCAACGUUUGAAAUAUUCCUUAAUAGUUGUGGCAUGUCAAGUUCAGCUAAUCACAACGUAGCAGCUUAUGGAAGUCCUACACCAAGUGGAUCAUAUGUUGAAAACACAAUCAUAGUUCAGUACGACCCCUACGUUCAAGAGGUAUGGGAUCAAGCUCGAAAAUUAAGAUGUACGUGGUACGACUUUUAUGAAAAGGCAGUCACUUUCAGACCGUUCCAAGUAGAUAUGUUACAUGCUGUUACAGCUAACUUUCUCGGCGACAACUUGCAAUGCUGGAUGCAAAUACAAGUAGGAAAGGGGCCUUGGGCUUCGGAAGUGUCGGGUAUAGUAAAAAUUGGACAAACUAUGACAAUGGUUCUAGCAAUUAAAGAUGACGAAAAUAAAUUCGACAUGCUUGUAAGAAACUGUGUCGCACAUGAUGGUAAACGUGCACCUAUUCAACUGGUAGAUCAAUACGGAUGCGUUGUAAGACCUAAAAUAAUGAGUAAAUUCCAAAAAAUUAAAAACUUUGGUCAAUCCGCCUCAGUUGUGUCAUUUGCUUACUUCCAAGCAUUUAAAUUCCCAGAUUCUAUGAAUGUUCACUUCCAAUGUGUAAUCCAAGUUUGUCGUUACAACUGCCCUGAACCUAAAUGUGGCGGCUUAGGAGCUGAUUAUGGUGUUCCUUUGUUGGGUGGUAAUGCCUUAACAGGAGGAGAGUAUGGGUUACCCAAUGGAGGUCAUGGAGAAUAUGGACCACCUCCACCCGCACCGCAUUCUGAAUAUGGAGUGCCACCAGCAUUCCCAGACCCACGACAUCCUGCUGAUGUUCAAGGAGCAUAUUCAGAAAAACGAGAGGAUUCGGUACCACCCCCUCAAGCACAAGUUUCAUCAACACCUAAUGCACCUAGUCCAUCAUCACCUGCACCUAAUCGUGAAGAUGAUGAUGUCAAUCUACCACCGCCUCCACCACCGGGACGUCGCGGUGUUUACAACACAGUGAAGAGGAAAGAUGAAGGCCACGGUAACCUUGCAACACUAGGCGGACGUCCACGAUCAGUAGAAGAUUUACCUGAAAGUUUACUUGGAAUAAGAAGGAGACGUGAAACGUCAGUAUCAGUAUCAACACGAAUUUAUAAACGUGAUACUCAAGAGAUGACUGAUGUCAAUACGAGUCGAACGAUUCAAGUAGUAGCACCAGGAGACGUAAACUUUGCUUUAAAUAACGCUGCAGCUAAUGAGACUGUUGUGAUCCAGUCCCCAGCAACAGAUCCAGAAACGAUAUGCAUGUCCGUGCCAUCUUUCGUAGCUGGUCUCGUUAUGCUAUUAUUGGUAUUGGUUGUGGCAUCUUUAGUAGCCGCGUUUCUUUUCGUGCGCGUUCGUGCGCUCGAUAGGAAGGGCGCGCAUGGCGCCACCGCAUACUUCGAGACUGAUUAUGUGAAGCAUACGAAUUAACGACGAUGAAAAGCGUGAAUGUGAUGCGUGGACAUUCCAUAAACUCUUCUCGGAUCCAAAGAGCGUGCGAGUGUCGGCCCCGGCCGGACGGCGGCCAGUUGUCGCGGUCGCGAUCGAGACUCGGUGACAUGUGACUUAUUUAUUUAGUAAUUUAAACGUGUGAUGUAUAUGUUCGACUUUUUGUAAAUUAUUUUAUUUGUGUGAAAACACUAACUGUACUGCCCUUAUAUAGUCGAUAUGCCUGUUGUAAUUUUGUAAAGAGUCGUAAGAUAAGAGAUAGACUAAGUUGUAUACCAAUAAAAAGUCGUGUGAGUGUU